AUGGAUCCAAAUUUACAGAAAGCAAUUCAAGAUUACAAAGAAAAACAAAAAAAUUCAGGAGCCGCUGUCGACUGCGUCGAAUUGGAAAGAUGCUUCAGAGAAUUUAAAACUGAAUUAUACAUAAAAAGGGACGAGGUAAAUCAGCAGCGCACAGAAUUAGAUGCGGCAAAUUUGGAGAUUCAAAAUCUCAGAAGAGCUUUAGAUGUCACCAAAAAGACUUUAGACGAAAAUCAAUUUAAUCUAAAUAUCCAGUUGAAGAAAGCUUCCAAUAAUGAAGAACAGUUAAAAAAGAUGGAAUCCUUGAUGAAAAUUCAAUUACAGCACAAAAUGGCGAUUACAGAAAUAGAUACUUUGAAAGAAAAUCUUCAAAAAACCGAAAUGGAGAAGCUUGAACUGACCAGAAAAGUAGAUGUUCUUGAGGCCAAACAACGCCACAGUUCGAUGUAUUACAAUGAAAUCUUAAAGAGAGACAAUCAACUAAGAAAUAUUAUGACAAAUCUAGACGAAAUGGCUGUUAAACUUCAAGCAGAACAUAUCCAGGCCAUAGAACUGUCAAAGAAAAAUCAACUAGCGAAUGAUGCACUGCAAAAAUUGAAAGUGUGUGUGGAGGAAAACGAAAAAUUAAGAAAGCAAAAAGAAAAAUUCGAAGAAAUGUACGUAAAAGUCAAUGAAAAAAUUAAAAAGUUGGAGGAAAGCCUUCAAAUUAAAGAAAGUGAGAAUUCAACGCACAUAGAAGUAAAAGAAGAACCAAUUGAAAUCGAUUAA